AUGAGGAAGCGCAUUACGGUUACCGGGGCUUACUUGGAGAAGCAGCUGGCCGACUCCGAGGCUGCUCCGAGGGAGGAGGCGGCGCCCGUCGUCCAGCGGCGGGCCACGGAGCCGUUCGCCCCAGGCUCCCGCGAGCACGGGGAGAUGCCCGUGGCGAUGGGGGACCUGGUCCACGCGUUCGUUGCCUUGGCCGAGAGUGGUUGGGUGUACGGGUACAAGCUGGACGACGAGGAGACGAGGUGUGCGACCGGGGCUGGCUGCCAGCCGCGCUGUUGGAGCCGCUGGACCACGAGCUCGCCGUGGAGGCGCAGAGGGUGGCGAGCGGCGAGGCCGAGGAGACCGGCGUCCGGGCCAGAGGCGAAAGGGCGGCGGCAGAGGGCCCGAGGACGGCGAGGGCGAGCGGCAGGCCACCGGCGGAGCGCCCGAGGCCUCGGCCGCCUCGCAGCCGCGGCCCCAGCGGCCAGUGCGCAACGCCGCGGCCCUCGGGCGGGGGCCCGGUCGAGCUGCCGCCCAAGGCGCGGAGAGUCGCCGAGGAGCGGGCGACGGUGA